CCUUAGCUUAUAGUAAACCAAGCUCACUUCUCUUUUCUUUGUAUCACUUUUCUCUCUUAAAGCUCCCUUUCUUUUUCAUUCCUACAUACAAAAUAUGCAAGCAAUGAAGCAUCAAGUAACUUUCAAUAAAUCUAGUGGGUCUUUCUUUGAUCUCAAGAUGGCAACAAGGUUCCUGGUUUCAGUCUCUGUGUUUUCUAUCAUAGUUUCCCACUAUUCAUUACUCCCCUUCCUUCUUAACAUCGUCAAGUUAUUCUCUUUUUCUGCAUAUAAAACCAUUGAUAAGAGCUACAUGUUCCUUCUCUGCAAUGGGAUUCUAGUUUUUAUUUUUAAGAACUCUGUUGUGUUAAAAAAGAACUCACCACAGGAACCUGUUGUUGCUGAGGUUAGUACCAAAAGAGUCAGUGAGAAGAGAUGUAAUAGAAGAAUUUCACCUGUCUUUGAGAAGAAAGUUGUACAAGAACCAGAAUUGGCUUUGGUUGCAAGAGUUGCAGAAGAGAAACAAGUACAAGAAAAAAAUGAGUUUGAAGAUGAAGAUGAAGAAGAAAACGGGUCGCUCAGCAGAGAAGAGUUGAACAAGAAAUGUGAUGAUUUUAUAAGAAAGAUGAAAGAAUUAAUCAAAAUUGAAGCUUAAUUUAUAUUAAUCUUCCUUGAGAAGAUGCCUAUGACUUCCUUAUUUUUCCUCUUUGUAUGGAGAGUCUCUGACUGUUUUUUACUUUGCUCUGCUAGCAGUUUCAAGUUCUGUUAAUAUGAACAAGAAUUUAGCAGAAAUGUGAUGCAGAUGGAGUUGUUAGUCUAUUAUAAUUUUUAAUUAGCCAUUGAAUUUUUGGAAAA